CUGAAGUGGAGAUAACUAACACUUGCACCUGCCCGACGAUGGCAACACCAGCACCGGCGGCAGCACCCGGCAACAACGCCAUGACAUCGCCUCUAUGCGUCGUCCUACGGGGCUGUCGUAACCUCUUGGCUGUGGACGGGAUGCAGACCAACAACAACGUGCAUUGCGAAGUGUACCUCAUCGAAAAGGACGGCCGGCUGCGCGCACCCAAGUUCAAGACCAAGAGCAUCAAAGCGACUGCCAACCCCAUGUACAAUCUCCGAUGUGACUUUGGGUCACCGUCCUUCGACGCCGUGGGUGGCCUAGUGGUAUCGAUUCGGCACACGGGCGGUCUCGGGUUCAAGGGAUGCGACCUCGGCGAAGUUGUGCUCACUCCGGCUGAUCUCCUCGACAUGAAGCUGCAAACCAACGUGGACGGGUGGUUCGAUGUCGUGGCGACUCCCGACAUGGCGACCAAAGGCCUGGCGAAUCAUCCGCUAGGCCAAGUCCGACUCGGCCUCGACGACGCCGCCGCCGAGCGGCCCACAGCGACAUCCAUCGACGACGCGCCCGCCCUGGCACCACUUCCUCCGCCUGCCACAUUCACGUCCGUGGCCACGAUGGCCAAGCUAUCAUCACGCGCGUUUUCCACAUGCGACGUCCACCACGAUCCCCGCCUCGAACUCUCGAUGCUGCGCAAGUUCGCCAAGCUGUAUCCCCAGCGCGGCGAGACCUGGUUCGUCAUCUCGUCUUCAUGGGUGAAGCAGUGGCUGUCGUUCGUCACGGACGCGUCCAAUGACGCGCUCUUUCCCGGCGAACUCAGCAACAUGGCACUUGUGGAUGAUGCGUUGGAGGCCGGGUUGCUUCAAAUCCGGCCCGACGUAGCGUUGAUCUCAGACUUUCGUUUGGUGGAUGGCGAGACGUGGGCUUUGUACAAGGCGUGGUAUGGUGGCGGGCCGACGAUUUCUGUGCGCAUUCCAGAGGAAAUUGCCAGCGUCAGUGGCUGGAUGAAGACGAUGGUGCUCAAGGACGAAGCUCAAAUUGAAGCAACGUAAAGCCAAUAUGUAAUGCAUGGCAUAAUGUAUCGUGUGGAUCUAAGUGACUGCACUUUGCAGCUACUUAAGUGUCGAAUAGGCCAAGGCGAU